AAAGGCGCCCACACUAGACCCGUUUCCGGGUGCCUAUACAUAGCAGGUCUUCCAUCCCGCACUCUCACCCCCGUCGUACAAGUACCAGGCACUCGCUGCGCGGCGCCCAUCGCCUCGAUUCCUCUCACAGCACCUCCCCGUUACCACCCAACAGCGACAUCAUGGACCACGGCGGACACGACAUGCCCAUGGGCCCCAAGUGCAGCAUGAACAUGCUGUGGAAUACGCAGAUCGAGGACACCUGCGUCGUCUUCCGCUCGUGGCACAUCUCAUCUAAGACGGCGUUCGCGUUCUCUUUCCUCGCCAUCCUCGCUCUCGGCGUGCUGUACGAGUGGCUGCGCGUCGCGCAGCGCGACGUCGACCGGCUGAUCGCGCGCCGGCUCCUCGCGGACGGCAAGGGCAAGGCGCGCGUGCCACGCAGUGGACGGAACACGCCCGAGAGCGACUCAGAGGGCGCAGGGUUGCUGACGGGCUUGCCGUCGACGAAGCCGAUAGUUGGGACGCCUCUCCCGUUGCUGCCACGCAUCAUCCGAGCUGUCCUGUAUGGUCUGACGGUCUUCCUAUCGUUCUUCCUCAUGCUCGUCUUCAUGACGUACAAUGCAUACUUGAUCAUGGCUGUUGUCUUCGGCGCAGCCAUCGGGCACUUCAUCUUUGGUUCUCACAUGGAUAUCAAUGCUGCGCUGUCUGUGGCAGUGGAUGGAAAAGGCAUGGCUUGUCAUUGACGGAUUAUGUAGGAAACAGGAAUGUCCACGGCGCUCAUCUAUCAAACUACUUGGUUGUGUUUAGGCUAUAGUUGUAGGCCAGCGGAGCUCACUAUAUCAGCUUGUUCACUUGCAGGUCAUGAACAGCUGCUGUAGAAUGCUAUUCAAUCAAUUGUGCAGACGACGUAACCUUCGGACAGGUCCAUCUGGAUCUACGUUGGCCUUUC